GGCACGGGGUUUAUCAUCUGCAAAUUUGGCGAAAUAAUUUAAUGAUAAAAAUAUAAGAAAUACAUCAUUGCAUAGUAAAAAUGAAAGACAAGUAGCAACUAAAAUAUGAUUUAUUUUCAUGUAAAUUUAGGUUGUUUAAUUUGCUUAUAUUACCGGCUCGUUUUCUCAAAGGAAAAACAAAUAAUUCGUUCGAUUAGGUUUUAGAGAAUUAGCGCCAAGUACAAAAAAAAAAAUAAAAUGACAAAAUUGACAGCAACAAAUUGACAGGAUGAGGUACUAAAAGCAGAAUACGGCAAAAAGAUGCGGGCUCAGUGUAUAAUCUGCCAGGAACUGUUUGAGAAUGAUGAUCAGGUUAUAUCAGCCAUAAGUUGUGGUCACACAUUUCACAAUCACUGUUUGAACCAAUGGUUAGAAAAUGGUAGAACAUGUCCCAGUUGUCGUGUGCAGGUGGAUAAAAGAAAAAUUAUAGAGAGGUUGUAUUUUGAUGCUCCAGAAGAUAAUAAUGAAGUUGUUGAUGAUGGCAGACUACAGAAUGAGAUUGAUAGAUUAAAGCUUGAGAUUCGGAAGAAGGAAAAAGAGAAGAAAGAUGUAAUCAAGGAUAAAGAGAAACAGGACGAUAGGAUAACAGAACUACAACAUGCUAAAGAUAGAGUGUCACAGAUGUUGAAGGAGGAACAAACGAAGGUUAGCGCACACCUGAAGACAUUAAAAUAUUACGAGAGUCAGCAGAAGGCUGUGGAUCUGGAGCGACAAGAAUAUCGUAAAAUCAAACAGAAACUAGUCACACUACAGAGCAUGGAAGUCCUACUCAAUGGUGCUGAGUCUGACGCGGCGGACGUAAUUUCCAGCGCUGGUGAGGGUAGCAGUGCGGUACAACAUUUGUCAAGACAAGUAGCAUUCCUGAAACGAGAAUUUGAGAAACUCAAAUUGGAAAAGCGUCAGAUGAAAGAGCAUUACGAAAAAAUACAAUUAAAUGAUAUGUCAAAAAACAAGAAAAUAAGUGACUUGAUGAAACAGUGUCAGACAUAUCAGGAGCAGUUAGAACGCUCUGAAGGUGAUUUGAAGCUUUCUGAAAAGGAGGUGGAAAUUUUGAAAAAGAAAAAUAGCAAGUUACGGGAUAAAUUAAAGUCAGCACUAAGUCCUGGUACCAGUAAAGAAAGUUCUAGUUUUACAAAUCUAAUGGAUGAAAGUUGGAAAAUGCAGGCAUUUUCAGCUUCAACUCCAAAAUUGGGAUACCCAGAAAGUAGCCAAAACAUAGACUUGGAUAUGACGCCAGAUCUGUUUGCAUCUCCAGUAAAAAGUACGCAACCACUGUCCACACAGACUCAACCUCAAGCUUCCUGUGAUACUGAUUUGUCAGACAGAUCGUUUGGUAAAUCUCAGAAAAGGUCUCGUGACAGUGAUGACAUAGAAAAUCAAAAACAGACAAAAUAUCUGAAAAUAACAUCAGCUGCCGAGAAAAAUGCUCAAAAAUUGAAACGCUUUAAAAGUGAAAGUGCAAUUAAAGAUUCAAAUUCUAUAUCAACAUUAGCGUCAAUGAAUAUAUUUAAGAAGCGAGAACUUGGUGAACGUAGUAAAAAUCAGCGAAGUGUCGUGCAGAAAGGAUAUGACGGACUUGGUGGUCAUACCACUCACAUUAAUCCUAUUGGACACCCGUUUAAGAAACCAGCGGUCAAGAAAAGUUCAAGUCAGAGUAAGCUAACUAAGUUCAGUAAAACACCGUUGUUGCCAAAGCUUGAUCAUUUCAUUAUACUUGAUGACUAGAGGAAAUAAUUAUUUAAGUUAUAUAAAGACCAAUGACUCUAUUCUACGUCAAAGAAGUAUCAUCCCAGUUCUGUGGUUUAAUUGCUUUGUCCAGCUUUGUAAGCAAGUUCUGCUGUCAGUGCCAAAGCUCAGGUUUUAUAUUCUAAAUGAAAUAUGGAGCAUGUAUGAAGACAGAAGUGCAUAUUUAUUGGAUUGUGAAAGUUUAAUAUUUUUACCAUCAAAAUUUAAUAAUAUUACUGUCAGAGGUAAUAUUAGUCACCUGUUAGGUUGGCACUGCAUGUAUUUUAUAUUUCUUAAUAUGUUAGAUUAAAAUAUGUGUGAUUAAAUUUGAAAUCAGAUAUCAGUAAAAGAAGUCAGCAAAUGACCAAAUAUGAGCGUAUACCCAGAUACAUUUUCAAAUUUUAAGUUGAAAUUGCCAAUUAUUUGCCAAUUAAAAGUAAAUAGAAAUGA